CACCAGAUACGAAGUCUCCGGUCCGUGGCCUGACUAGCAGGAGAGUCUUGUCUCGCCACUCCGCCGUAAUCCAAGGACCCUCGGACCGAGUGUAUUUGUACUUUUAGUGCUGACGGAGAGGUCUGGCCCCACUGGAGACUCAUCCGACAGGUGGGAUGCACGAAGGAUGCUGCGGCAUGGUUCAGCCUACCCCCUCACGAGGGGGCGGAGAGGGUAUAUUAACCACGCUUCAGCUCCUGCUCUCAGCUUGACUCGGAUUUAUAUUCAUAUUGAGCAAAUCAAACCGCGUACUAUACUGUAGUCACUUGGACUGACACGAUGAUUCAACCAUUGCAUAUUCGAUUUCCUGCUACUGAUGCUCAUGCCUGGAGUAUUAUAGCCGUCGCAGAGGAAUUAUCUCUCCCCUAUGAGAUGAUGACCCAUACACUCUCGAAUCCUGAAAACAAGAAUACCGAUUCCACUGCACACCCGCACCACCUCCACCUCCCAGUUCCAAACCCCAACACAACCAUCACCCUCUUCCACGCCGCCCCGAUAAUCCAAUACCUCGUCGACUGCUACGACACCUCCAAUGUCCUGGGGGGGAGCGACAACAACAGCACCGACAGCCACGAACGCCACCAACUGAACCAAUGGAUGCAUCUCCAGACGACAUUCCGGGAGGUACUGGACGGUUCCUCUCCUACUACUACUACUAUUACUAGUGUCCCCAACCGCACACAAAAACUCCACCAGAUCCUCGCCACACUGAACGCAACCCUCAUGCGGAGCUCGUGGCUCGUGGGCCAGAGGUGCAGUUAUGCCGAUUUGGCGUUUUUGGCGGGGUUGCAUUCUCUUUUGGUGGAGGCGCAGGAAGGGGAGGAAGGGAAGGGGGAGGUUUUUGCGAGGUAUCCUUUUGUUUGGGCGUGGUUGCGGAAGAUGGCGAUGAGGGGGUCGUGGAGGAGGGUGCUUGCGGUUAGAAGGCGGGCAGAGGAGCAGAAGGAGGUGGAGGAGGAGAUGGAUGUUGCUGGGGGUAGUGGUAGUGGUGUUCAAGAAAAGGGAUUCUUGGAUGAGGAGAGUGAGUGGGAGGAGAUUGAGGGGGUCGGGGUGGAGGUGGAGGUGGAGGACAGUGGUAGGAGGUCCCAGAAGAGCGGUCCGGCUGUUGCUGUGUCUGUCUCGGCGGUUCAGACGGAGGUUCUCGGAGAGGCAGAGGAGGAAGAGGAAGAGGAAGACAAGGAGGGGUUGUUGGCGUGUGCGGCGGGCUUUGUAAUGCAGAGCACGGCUACGGCUACGGCGCCUCUGGUGGAUGCGCAUGGAGACGAUGAGGAGGAGGAGGAGGAGGAGGAGGAGGAGGAGAGGGAGGGGAUACUUCCCUGUGGUGCAUUUGACACGCACGCGCGGCUCCCAGCCGUGGUUGCAACGGUAGUUGAGGAGAAGAACGACGACGACGAUGAGCGAGAGGGAAUACUCCCCUGCACCGCUAUCGGGAUACAAACGAAGCUGAGAGCCCCAGAGACUCCAAGAGUGGAGGAUGAGGACGACGAGCGAGAAGGAAUACUCCCCUGCGGUGCAUUUGACACGCACGCGCAGCUCCCAGCCGUGAUUGCAAUGGUAGUCGAGGACGACGAUGAAAGAGAGGGCAUACUGCCCUGCGCCGCAAUCGGGAUACAGAAAAACCUCAGAGCCCCCGAGACUCCAAGAGUGGAGAAUGAUGCAGACGACGAGAGAGAAGGAAUACUGCCCUGCGCCGCAAUCAGAAUGGCCAUCGCCCAGCGCACAACGCAAAGCAACGAAGACAGCGACGAGAGAGAAGGGAUCCUCCCAUGCGGUGUAUUCAGCACACAUGCCCAGCCCCCGGCCUCGAGCAGAUUCAAGCCGGUGAAUCACGAUAACGAUGACGAUUUCGAGAGGGAGGGCAUGCACCCUUGUUCUCUGGUUGGGAUGGUGUAUUGA